AUGUCUGAGCCCGAUCAGUGCAUCAUAUGCCUGGAUCACCUACCCACGCCCGCUAGCAUUAACGGCGCUUCCUCUGACGAUUCCGUCACCGCUGCCUUCGAGCACGAAGCCGCCGAGCACGAUGAUAGCUAUCUCAAUAUAGUCGCUGCCUUGGACGGAUGCGAGCACAUUAUUCACGAUGCCUGCAUCCGCUCCUGGGCCAAGAAGACCAACACCUGCCCUAUAUGCAGGACUCCGUUCCACUCUGUGCGAGUCUACAACGGCGUUGAUGGAACCGCCGUUUCGACAUAUACAGUACAGGAUAAGAAGCAGGUUGCCGAGUUCGACGUUCAGCAAUGGCUUGGCGAGAACGCCGAUGAUGAGGAGGAGGAAUCGAACCCCUGCCCUGUCUGCAAUUCGGCCGAACGAGAAGAUAUCUUGCUGCUGUGCGAUAGCUGCGAUGCUGCCUAUCAUACCCACUGCAUCGGACUAGAUCACAUUCCUGAUGGCGACUGGUACUGCAUGGAGUGCGCCCACCUAUUUGAGCUCACGGAAGAGUCACAGAACGGCUCCCAGGCGAUCAACUCCGAAGGCCCCCAACAACGCCCCAGGCUAGUUCGCAGACCAGUUCCUCGCCAGCACAGGGGCUUGCACGUUCGCACUCGUGCGCGCCUGCGCCAUGCUCGCAGGCAGGCUCGCAAUGCUGAGUGGCAAGGUCCGUGGGGCCAGUUCUCUGGUCGUUUCUACGAGAUGAGCGACCUCGAUCUCGACAACCACGACGACGAGGACGAGGAUCUCGAAAACUUUCGCCGCUUCCAGCAGCUCGAUCGCCAUGAACUUCAACGCUGGGAGCAACGGAUGCGCAUCGCCAACCGCCUUGGCGCCCACGAUGCCUUCGUCAGCACUAUCCCUCCCCAAAUUAGUGAGCGCUUGCAGCCCGUCGCGACGCCGCCACCGCCCCCGCCCGUCCAGGAGACCCGCGAUGAACGAAGAGCCUGGGGUGCCCUUGAAAUGGCCCGCGAAGCCGACGGCUCCCCUGCUUCUGCAAACACACGCAAGCGCAAGGCUCAAUCUUCGACUGCAUCCCCUGCAGAGCCCGUGCCCGAGCCCGAGAGGAAGCUGAAACGGCCACGAACCCGCCGUUUGCCCACGCAAGGCGAGGCCUCCGCAUCUGCCUCGUCGCCAGCCGCGGCUGGCCCUUCCAACCAGCAACAAACCCAACCGACACGGCCAGCCAUGUCUCCAUCGCCUCUCAAUGGUUCUUCGUUGCGACCGGGACAGCUCCCCCAAAACCCAAACGAGCCCGCCCUGGUUUCUGCUCUCCUCAAGGAACUGGAACCCAGUGCGCAGUCCGAAGACGAGAAUGGCACAACUCUACCUACGAGACACAUGCCCGAUGCAUCCUCACCCGCUAUAUCACCAUCACCUUCAAAUCACAGUAGCCCAAGGGCCAUGUCGCUUACCCCACCGCCGCUCCCACGACUCAACGGGCGCCCUACAUCUCCCACGCUUUCUCUCAGUACACAUAUCGAGCCCGUUUAUGCUCCCGCAAACUAUUCGCCAAACCGGUACAGCAGCGACCACAGUGACUCCGAGGCGCGCUCUCCGCGAGCGAAUCUGACCAGAACUGUGGAAAUUCGCCAGCCGCGACCUCGCCGACCACAAUCCACCACCAUCGGGCGCGCGGCAGACAGCUCUCCAACCAGGCUCUCCAUGACUCAAGAAGACAAGAGGAGCAUUAAUGAGAUUGUCAAGUCGGCUCUGCGACCACACUGGCGUGCGCAAAAGCUGACAACAGAGCAAUACGCCACCAUCAACCGGGAUAUUUCUCGGCAGCUCUACGAAGAAGUCAACGGUGCCUCGGUGCUUGAUGAAGGUACCCGACGCAGGUGGGAGAAAAUAGCCGACCAAGCUGUCGCACAAGCCCUGUCUGAUUUGACAGCCGCAUGA